AUGGAUCAGAUACUGAACAAAGUUGGCCUUUAUUGGUUAGGGCAUAAGGGUAACAAAGAGUUCAACUCCGUCGGUGACGAUUUCAAUAAGCCAUUGCCUGAGUUGCUGAAGGAAUUUGGUCUACCUGUUGGUAUCUUUCCACAGGAUGCUACAAACUAUGAGUUCAACGAAGAAACGGGUAAAUUGACUGUAUUCGUCCCUGAGACCAGUGAGAUUGGGUACACAGAUUCAUCGGUUCUGCGGUUUUCAACUACAUAA